CAAAACAUUCAGUAGGUGUGUAGCUUGAUGUUUUUUCCCCCUGCUGCUGCUUCUAAACAUAGAACAGCGUAUGAAAAAGGAAGCAACGCAAAGCAGCAACAUCUCGAAAAAUGGCGACCUACGUAGUGGUGAAGAAAACCUCGCUGGCCUUAUAGAACCGAACACCAUUCAGUUAACCGUGCGUGGGUGAUUACCGUGCACAAUACUGCACCUGAAUCAGCGUGAUUGGUCAUCGCUCAACACUUAUGCUGGAAAAGUUCGUGCGUACUGCUGCUGCAUCCAACAUUCAUUGAUGUCCCGUGCACUGUGGAUUCUACCUGGGCUUCUGCAACCUGUUUCUGUUGCUAAGUUGCACUUUUCUUCUCCUUGACCGUGUACUCUUGCCGUCUGAAACAAAACGGGUUUGUCGCGAAACGAUAGCAUUAGUUCAAACCCAUGAUCUAGUGUACCUAUCCCAUUCUUCUACCGUGGUAACUAACGGUUUCCUGCGUUCCGAAGCGUCGUCGCUUUUCGAAGCGACAAUUUCAUAAGCAAACAGUAUUUAGCUGCAUCUCGUAGAAGGAAAGAAGGCGCUAAUAUCAAAUCACAAUGUCACGUGCUAAAUCGCGCAUACAGACGGAUGUUUGCGGCGACUGUGGUAGUGCGGACCCAUCCUGGGCAUCGAUCAACCGCGGCAUACUGCUCUGUGCCGACUGCUGUUCAAUUCAUCGCAGCCUGGGGAGACACAUAUCGCAGGUGAAAUCCCUGCGCCAGGGUAGUUGGCAACCGUCAGUGCUCAACUUUGUCAACCAGCUUAAUGCACACGGUGCCAACAGUGUAUGGGAACAUUUGCUGCUGGAUUCGGCAGCACCGAAGAACUUGAAGCGUAAACCCACUUCCAAGGAUGCUGUACAUCCAACGAAGGCAGACUUCAUUCGCGCAAAGCACGUCCAGCUGGCAUACGUGCUAAAGCCCACUUUUCAAGCCGAAGAGGGAAGCAGCUUAGAGCUGGAGUUAAGCAAACAGCUGCACGCCAGUGUACGGGCUGGCAACUUGGAAACUUCCUUGCGAUUGCUUGUGCAAGGAGCCGAUCCAAAUUUCUAUCAUGAAGAUAAGGGCUCCACGCCGCUGCAUGUGGCGGUAAAGUCGGGCCAAUUGUCCCAGAUCGAACUGUUGCUGGUGUACGGUGCCGAUGUGAAUGCACUGGACGCGCAAGGAAAUACCCCGCUAGAGUUGGCCAGACAAGCGAAACAUAGUGUCAUUGCGGAGCGUUUGCUUGAGGUCAUGUAUGAAGUGACCGAUCGACUUACAUUCUUUCUUAUUGGCAAAAAACCAAACCAUGCGUCUGGACAACAUCUACUAAUCCCUGGCCAGUCUAAAAAGGAAAUGAGCGAACAACUUAAAAUUGCCCGCGGAAAGCUGCAGCUUGUCCCGAACCGUAUGUUUGAAGAGCUGGUGAUGGAUCUGUACGAUGAGGUAGAUCGCCGCGAGACAGAAGCAAUUUGGGCUACGAGUGCCCUUAACCCAGACUCCGGUGCCGUACCGUUUCUUCCUACCAAUCCUCAUCUUAGUGCCACAAGAAAUCAGGGACGUCAAAAGUUGGCCCGUUUUAGUCAGCAGGAGUUCGCGGGAUUACUGAUGGACGUGCUGCUGGAUGCUCACCGGCGUCAAAAUAUGGCCAAUCUGCGUCCCAUCGAUGGACCCCUGCCGGUUGGAUUGGCACAGCUGAAAGCGGCAGCCCUGGUACCCGGCAACGGUGGUGGAAUGCGUGAUUCAAAUCUCUCCGACGAUGAGCCACUGUACGAUGCGGUUGCGUCCGACGAUGAUUAUGCUGCGUUGGCGCCCGUAGCGCAACAGGCGCUAGUUAACAAAUCAUCUCCGGCGGCCGUUUCCAACGUAGAGGUGGAAACGUUGCGCCAACGAAUACAGGAUCAAGAGCUGACUAUACACGAGCUGCGCAGCAUGAUACAAAAGCUGGCCUCGGAAAAUAAUCAGUUAAAGUCAACCAUUGACACGAAGGACCAUGAGGUGCAACUCCGGAUUGACUCCCAUCUGAAUGGUUCCGGUGCGAGCGAAGGUUCACCGGAACGGGACCCCACUACUCAGGAGGCAAGACAGGCAGCUGCAGCGGCCGCUGCGUACGCGAAACGACCAGUCAGUAUGUACGAAACGCGGCAAACGCCUCGAGAUGAAAGUCGCCCACCGAUCACGCAGAGUCUCUACUCAAUGGCUCCCGCGGCUAGUGGCAGCAUGGACACAACUCCACCCAGUAAUGGUGGCAGUCCAUUACCGUCGUUCGAAGAGGUCAAACGCCGCACGGACGUAGUGGCUCGACGCAUUAAGGAUUUGUUCGCCGCCAUGAAAGAUUUAUCACAACGGGAAGCAUUUGUACCGAGUGCGGAACGCAUCCGGCUGGCCGUGAUAGAUCUGAUGGCACUAUUUCCUGCGUCACUCAUUGCCAGUGAAUCAUUGCGUGGUGCACUGCAACAGCUUAACUUUCACGGUAAUCUUAUACAGGCGGAAUGUGCCCGAUUGCAGCAAUGUUUAGCGGCAGAAGGUGUAGCAGCUGGCACGGUACCGAACGGUGGCCCAACGGGUACCGGUAAACCAUUGGGUGAAAGUAUUCAGCAGAGCAUGGAGCAGGUGCGUGGUUGCGCGUAUGAUCUAGCUAUGUCGACGAAAAUUCUCAUCACACACCUGCAGCAAUCUUAAUAGGGACACUAAAGAUGGACAAUUUCGUUUGAUUAGCGACCAUUAAUCAUUUUUCAUUUUUCUAUCAUCUAUUUUUACUGAACAUUUUUGAACAAAUUGCAACUCCCGAGAAAAAAAAGUUAAUAAUUCGAGGGAGUACCUCUUUUUAAAAGGCAUCUUUAGUAAACUUAUUGGCAGCUACUACCAUCUUAACCCAGUGGAACUAACCUUACCCUUAUGGCCAACGCAUUCACGUUUCAAGUCAAUCCGAACAGUAUUCAUAGUCAAUCUAUGUUUUCUCCCAAUUUAGAAAGUGAUUUUAAUCAACAUUUCGUAGUGGAAAUAUAUUUGCAAUGUUUUGUUUCAUAUAGUUUUACAGAAGUUGCUCACGAUCCAUUAUCUUUCCCAAAAGUGCCAAAAACACGUCACAUGCGUAAAAACUUACAGGCCCUUGUUGAUGUGUAUCAUCAUAAAUAUGGCUGAAUGCCAUAUGCAAUAUUUGUAUUGUGCGUGUGAAGAUGCAUCGCAUAUUAAUCACAAUUAAUGUAUUUGUAAGAAAACACACUUGACCAAUAGGCCCGUAGUUAAAACCCCAUAUUAAAGAUCCAUUACUUUUACAAUGAAACGGGCACCAGAAGCCAUGGCCUCUUGAUCUAUACGAUUGGUUGGGGUUAUCGGUUAGUUAUUGAAUGAGAUUUUAUAACUAUAUUAUAAUACUUUUGCAAUCACACGUAUACCCAGUAUGACAAUAGUAAUGUGCAUUGACAAAUCGUAGACUUUUCUUUACCAGUUGUACUGAUAACAAACGAUGGAACAUUUUUGAAAAGAGUGCUCAAAGUUUUACAGAUUUGAUAGGCGUAUUUUUUUUUUUUGUUAACAUAGAUGCAAUUAUAUACAAGCGUAUUGAAUGUAUUUCUACCACUCGAAAACUCCGAACACGGAACAAUAAUAUUACACAUUGGAAGUAUUUAUCAGCUAUUGCAAUUUAUACCGAAUACCUAAUUAAUAAUGAUGUUAAUAAAAAAAACGAGCGAUUAAAACAGGGUUGUACCUGCACGGCACUACAUUUCUAAA